GCGGCUCCACAGUGUUUGCUGAAAAAGGCACAUGCUGAUAAAAUGAGUGCGAUGCCAGUGGCAUAUCCACAUGUCGACCUAAUGGAUGAGAAUGAUGGAGCAAGUGAAUCAAGGUCAUUGGCCCCAUUCACGCUGAACCAAACAUCCUCUAGUCCUGAGCUAUCCACAAAUAUCAUAUCUUCCUUGGAGGAAGUUUACAUUGUAAAUAGUCCAUCUCCCCCCAACAGUGGGUCCCUCUUUGCAGGAGGAACUACUGCUAGGGAUGUUCCAUCUUCAAACAGUGCUUUUACUAGUGAAGCUUCAAACACAAGCUCUAAC